GGCGGCUAUAGCGCUCGAGGAGGGAGGUGCGGGCGGGCGCAGCAAGGACGGUGUCGGAAAACGCUGCGUGGCAGCGCCCCCGCCGCUUGGCCGAAGCGGAGCGGGCGGGCGGUUUGUUUGUUUGUUUGUUUCCUUCCCCCUCCUUGGACUUCUCCGAAGGAAGACACGUCGGCGGCCAUGGAGGAGCCGGCCGGGGGUUAGCAGCAGAGGCAGAGGCGGGAGGAGGGAGCCUCCUUUCGGGCAGGACUUGUUGAGGCCUCUCCUUCCCUUCCCCUUCAUGGCCUUCAUGAUGAUGAAGAAGAAGAAGUUCAAGUUCCGCGUGGAGCUGGAGCUGGACGAGCUCUCCUCGGUGCCCUUCGUCAACGGGAUCCUCUUCUGCAAAGUGCGGCUCCUGGACGGGGGCAGCUUCCACGGGGAGUCCUCCAGGGAAGUGGUGCAAGCAAACUGUGUUCAUUGGAAGAAGAGGUUCUUAUUUAUGUGUAAAAUGAGUGCAAGUACCACUACAGGGAUUUUGGAUCCCUGCACCUGCAGAGUGUCUGUGCGAAAGGAAUUAAAAGGUGGGAAGGCCUUUGCAAAGCUGGGUUUUGCAGACCUCAAUCUGGCAGAGUUUGCUGGAUCAGGAAAUACCACUCGUCGCUGUUUACUGGAAGGUUAUGAUACCAAAAACACAAGGCAGGACAAUUCAAUUCUCAAGGUUUUGAUUAGUAUGCAACUAAUGUCUGGGGAUCCAUGUUUUAAAGCACCUCCAUCAACAGGAAUGUCUAUAUCUAUUGCUGGAGAACCAGAAUCUCUGCAAGAAGACAGAAAAGGCGUAAAAAACACAACAUCAUCACAUCUAGCUAUAUCAGAUCUCCCAACCAAGAACCCCUCUAUCCCAGAUGAGCUGGGAGCUUGUGGCCAUUCUAGGACUUCCAGCUAUGCAAGUCAGCAAUCGAAAGUGUCAGGAUAUAGCACCUGCCACUCGAGGUCGUCCAGUACCUCUGAACUCUGCCAUAAAAGAAAUACGUCUGAGGGAAGUACAUCAACUGGGGUGGGCAGUAUUCUAGAACCAUGUGAAGAGGCUGAACUGAAAAAAAGUGAUAAUUUGGAGGCGGCCAUGAAAGAAGAAGCCCCAGAAAAAAACAACAGGCAUCCAGUGAAACAGGAUUCUGUAGAAUCACAGCUGAAAAGGGUCGAUGCUACCAGAGUUGACGCAGAUGAUAUUGUGGAAAAAAUACUUCAGAGCCAAGACUUCAGUUUGGACUCAAGUGCAGAAGAGGAAGGGCUCAGGUUAUUUGUAGGUCCUGGAGGGAGUACUGCGUUUGGAAGUCAUCACUUACCUAAUCGAGUUGGAUCAGGAGCAUAUGAACAAGUAGUGAUUAAACGCUAGAACUGGCAUUAAAUGAUAGAACUCUUGGAAUUCCAGCACUUUUUUGCUUUUCUACGUUACUGAAGAUGGGCUCUUCUGAAGUGUCAGUUUACAUUGGCCUGAGUUGUCAUACUGAAAUGCCCGCCUUUGUACCUACCUGUGGCGAAUGGCAGUUUUCUUCUAGUAAUUUGCCAGACAUUGUGGAACUGUAGAUGGUUUGUUGCAUUGUUCUAUAUGUAAAUUGAGUUGCCUUUAGGGGAGAUAGGACAAUUUAACUGAGAAUAGUAUGUUUACUUUCACUGUCAGCAUAUGGAAACUCAUGCAGUAGUGUGCAUUGGUCCAGCUUGGUUUUUGUUAUGUCCCCAAAUAUAAGAGAUCAUUACCUAUUUCAGUAAUUUUUAAACACUACUAAUUAUCUUUUAUAGUACACUUAUCCCAGUCAAAACAGAAUCAAUACAAAAUCAUGUGUGCGGCUCCAAGGAAGUUACUGAGCCAACUACGUUUGGAGGAAUUAAUAAGAAAUAUUGCUAUGUAUUCAUGUAAUUUUAAGCUGAGCUGCAUCUGAGAAGGACAAUAUGACCACUUUAAGAUGAGUGAGUAGUAAGAUACGUACACAUUAUGAUUUACUGUUUACAGUACAGUCUUGAAUGCCAACAUUAUUGCCCCUUAGAAUUAGCUUUAGAAAUUACAAGGUGUAGUGGCUGACAUUUGGACGAUACCAAAAACUAAAAAAAAUCAUAGAUGUUUAGUGAAAACUCUGCUUUCACUGGAGGGCUUAUAGUGAAAAGCUUGGUGCAUACAAUAGUAUGUUUACCUCACUGAGUAUCAAGUUGAAUUGUUUAACAUUUGAAAGAGUGCCUUGUUUUGAGAAAUGUUCUGAACUAUCUUUUAUGAAGCUAAGAACGACCAGCAAGCAGUUAUAUUGAACUGCUAUUAGUUUAAGCUAUCCAAAGAACUUUAUUUAGCAAUUUUCAUCACUCCCAUCCAAAAGCUCUCUUCUCAAGGAUCGUCUCCAUUUCUCUACCCAAGUAUACAUCGCAGGUAAAAUAUUUGCCCCAUUUCUCUUAAAAUAUAUGAUUUAAUGAUUCAUAAAUUCUACACUGCUGAUGUUCUGAAUUAUCUUUUAUGAAGCUACGAACGACCAGCAAGCAGUUAUAUUGAACUGCUAUUAGUUUAAGCUAUCCAAAGAAGCACUUUAUUUAGUAAUUUUCAUCACUCCCAUCCAAAAGGUCUCGAGGAUCAUCUCCAUUUCUCUACAUAAGCAGGUAAAAUAUUUGCCCCAUUUAUCUUAAAAUAUAUGAUUUAAUGAUUCUUAAAUUCUACACUGUUGACGUAUAGUCAGUGCAUUAAGUAAGCAUAAUUAAAAUGUAAUGCCAGCCAUGUGUUUGAAUGGUUUGCUUUCAGCUAAGUCUUAAUUUGGUUCUCAUUUCUACCCGUUAUAUCACUGAGCUACUCUUAAGACGGAGCUUUUACCAAUACAUGUCCCUAGUAAAAUUGUGACAACCAUACAAAAAUCUGUACAAGCAAAAUGCCUGUGCAACAGCUUCAGUUAUAUUUUCUGACAGUGAAAGCAGCUUAUUUAUUUUUGCAAAAGGGAUUUUAUAUUUGGGGUUGAAAAGACUACAAAUAAUUUAGAGACGUACCAAGCACUGAUUAAAAUCUAGCUUCAGAUGUCACUGAUUUUAGGGACUAUAAUUUAUAUGCUUCAGGAAAGCUUUGAGUAAGAUUUCUGCUAUUUUUAACUACACUAAGCAGAACAUUUCAUUAGUGGUUCCCAGGAUUCAAGGUUCUUGAAGAAAUAUGACUUAAGUGUUUAGCAAUUUUUUUAACUCUGAAAAAAUAUUUUAGAAAUAUCAUUAACUCUUUUCCCAUCUGCUUGAAUUGUAUACACGAACUGCUAAAAUGAGAUCUAUUCUUUAUGGUACUAGAAAUAACCUCGUUGAUAUGUUGUCAAAGGCUUUCAUGGCCAGAAUCACUGGGUUGUUGUGAGUUUUCCGGGCUAUAUGGCCCUAUAUUGUCGAAGGCUUUCAUGGCUGGAAUCACUAGGUUCUUGUGGGUUUUUUCGGGCUAUAUGUCCAUGUUCUAGAGGCAUUUUUCCCUGACGUUUUGCCUGCAUCUAUGGCAAGCAUCCUCAGAGGUAGUGAGGUCCUCACUACCUCUGAGGAUGCUUGCCAUAGAUGCAGGCGAAACGUCCGGGAAAAAUGCCUCUAGAACAUGGCCAUAUAGCCCGAAAAAACCCACAAGAACCUAUUUGGCCAUGUUCCAGAAGCAUUCCCUCCUGAUGUUUUGCCCACAUCCUCAGAGGUUGUGAGGUCCUCACCUCUAAAGAUGCCUGCCAUAGAUGCAGGCAAAAUGUCAGGAGAGAAUGCUUCUGGAACAUGGCCAUACAGCCCGGAAAACUCACAGCAACCCAACCUCGUUGAUGCUUCAUACAGUAUUUUAUUUUGUUUGAACUUCUCUUAAUUGAGAGUAAGUAGGAAUUAAUUUUUAAAGCUGCUACAAAUGUAAUUGAAAAAAUCACAUUUAUUUUGAGCUGUAUAUUGAGCUUGCUAUUGGGUUUUUUUUUAAGCCACUAAAAUAGUGUGAAUUUAUUGAAUGAUGUUCUAAUUCUGAAAACUGUCAGUCCUGAAUAAUGGUACACCUGAAAAGAUGUGGGCAUGAAGAAAAAAUAGAGGGGAUAAAACAACUAUUAUAUGUCUUAAUCAGUGCACCAAGAUAGUCCAUAAUCUACAUACAGCUCCUGCAUAUAACUCAAGUGAGGUGUCAGUCCCACUGAAAGUACACUUAUUUUAAUUUUAAGCUUGCAAUAUGAGAAUUUACCUUUUAUGGUCAUCACUGGUGAGUUUUUCUUUAAAUUCCAUGUGCAAGUUCUAUUAAAUGUCUGAGUAACUAUCAUGCACUUUUGUCAACUGGACUGUUUCUAUGAAGUGACUCCAGUCGUGUCCUUGAGACCUGGGAAAUGACCUUCAUGUUUAUGUGUGGCAUUAAUUUUGUGCAAAAUGUACAGUGAUAUACAAAUCACUUUUUUAGUAAAAUCCAUUUUUUUUAAAAAAAAACCCAUAAAUACUGUAUUAGACAUACAAAGUGGUCUUAUGAAUUCAAUAAAAGUUUCUGUCUUCAA